AUGGCACAUUUGGGAAUUCGACCUUGGAAAUCCGACACAACUUUAAAUGGUGGAUUGGAAGAAUUUGAUCGUACGGACAAAAAGGAUUGUUAUAUAAUAAUACCCGGGCGCAAUACUAUCGUAAAUUUUAUUCGCGAUGUUAUGGCCAAAAGUCAUAAAGCAAUCCAUAGCGAAUAUGCUAAAGAAGUACAUUAUGAUACGCUUCGAGCUAGUUUAUCACCCAAUUAUGAGUUCGUUCACAAAGCUACGUGCCUUCCUUAUACGUUUGGUAUUUACAUUGAUUUAUAUACUCAAUUAAAUAUUACAAUCUUUCCAGUUGAGAAUGGAUGGCGACAUUUAAAGUAA